AGGGGCAAAUUCACAGCUGCGGGGGUAACCCGAGGGGAGCGCGAUCACCCACCUGAUGCUCUCGAAGAGCUGGAAGUACCUCAGCAUCCGGUGAGCGAUAUCUACAGGACAUUUCAAAAUGCUUCGCUGGUGCUCGGGGGAGCUGUCUCUGUUGAAGCAGAUUGUGAAGCCAUUGCUUGCUCGCCCAAGCAGCCCGGUGUGCGUUGUUGGCAGGCGUUUGGGCGAGGCCGCCUUCCGUUCCCUCUGUAGCCACAUUCCGGCCUCUUGUCCUCCUCAUCGACCGCGAUCGCCGUCUAAGUGGCCACAGAUCACGCGUGCAACGCUGCCGAGGGCCAAGACGCUUACCUCCAGCACCGUCUGUUCAUACCUACAUAAUGGGCUGGUAUUUUCCGGGCCGUUUUAUAUCCACCGCUUUCUGGUUCGCCGGUGCUUGCUUCGCGAGAACAGCGCUGAACACCCGUUCGCUUCUGACCUGACAAAUUCGAGGAUUUGGCGAGUCUUGGCGCUUCGUCCUGCAGCAUCUCCUCUUGCCGAGUGGCGCACCUCUCCACUGGCCACGAGAGGGCCGAUGCUGUGCGACCUUGAUGGACCGGCUUACUCGUUUGGUGACCUGAACCUGACCCUCCCAGAUGGUCACCUUGAUGGCUUUCAAAGGAUCGGAACUGGGCACUUGAGAGUGAGCGCAGCGGUCAACGGCCGUCUGAAUCUCAAAGUCGAUCUUCCGCUCUGGAACCUGGGUCCCCACCAUCCUAGGUCCGUGCGCACCAUACCCUCGCGGCCCGGAGGAGGUCCCUGCCCCUCGCUGCCCUUCCACAAAUCAACCCCCACCCCGGGCUCCCCUUGGCGGCGUUCCGAAAUCGCCAUCUGAACCAUCCCACCGAAGCGUGGCACCCAGGAACCUCCUUGCCUUCCCAAAUUGCCCCUGACAGCGCAAAGUCUGAUCCCGGAUUGCCAAUGUUGUGCAAAACUUCACGCGUCGCGCCACCUCGGGAGGACGGCUCCUCGAAGUUGUGUGUAGGUACUUCGUAGUCCGGAAGUUCUGGAGCGAGUCGCUUUGUUGUCUCAGCUCAGCCCUCUCAAGGAAGAUUAAAAUACUCGGCCACCCCGUUGCAGAUCACAGUCAAGGCGAGCCCGAGCAACCGUCCGGGGUAAAAUAAAUUUAUCUUCUGCCUGAAACAUCACCCCAUCACGACGACAUACUCGAGGAAUAAUCAAACAUCG